AGAUGAGCGUGGGGGAAGCGCAUGGGAAACGGGAUCGAACGGGACCGGGCAGCGUCGCACGGGACCGGACUGCAUCAAACGGGUCCGGGAGGCAUCAAACGGGACCGGACCGGGGGGUCCCCGCCACCCCCGCGGCGUCUAUGGCCAGUGACGACCAGAAGCGGAUAAUCCAGUUAACUGGGUUUAAAAAACAGGAGAAAAAGGCACUGCUAGAAUGGCUGUUCCGCCUGGACUGUGUCUUUUUGGAUGAUAAGCAAUACAGAAACUGUACGCAUCUUAUAGCAAAAAGACUGUGCAAGAGUGAGAAGUUCCUAGCUGCUUGUGCUGCUGGGAAAUGGAUACUAACUAAGGAGUACAUAAUUGAUAGUGCCGAAAGUGGUAGAUGGCUUGAUGAAACGACGUAUGAAUGGGGAUAUGAAAUUGAAAAAGACACCCAUUAUUCACCUCAAAUGCAAUCUGCACCUAAAAGAUGGCGCGAAGAACUGAAACACUCUUAUGCUCCAGGCGCCUUCCACAGAUGGAACGUCAUCCUCCCUGUGAAGGAAGGCGAUAAGCGAAUGGCAUCUAUUAGAAGAGUUCUUCAAGCUGGAAAGGCAACCAUAUGUUCUUCUCAAAAUGCAGAGCACAAUAUAACCCAUAUAUUCAUCAGUGACGAAAUUUUUCCUAUGCAAAACAGAAAAUGUCUCUCCAAACCUCAAUACUACCCUUUGCAAUAUCUAGGAGAUUACCUUUUUGAGAAUGAAAUACGAAAUACUGAAAAUAUCCAGAUGAACUGUUUCUCUGCUGCACAACAAAUGGACAAAAUCAUGUCUGGCGUGCAGCGUGGUGAAAUGAAAAAUGCUAUCAUAAAACAUAUGUAUUUUGCUGUGGCCGUUAAGCAUGAGUGUGCUCAAAAAGACCAGCUGAGUAAAUGCAAUCCAGAGGUUAAAGAUGCUCGCCUGUCCAGAGGCAUGUGGUGUAUGCUUGAAGGAUUAGUGGAAGAGUAUUUGUUUCCUGAUGUGAUCACAGAACUUGCUUCUUGUCAGAAGUACUCUACACCUCCCUUGGAACUCCUUCAUUCCCUUCUAGAAUACAUCCUGCUGGAAAAUGUUGAUGUGAUAUUUUAUGCUAAAUUUAAUCACAUUUUGUACCUCAUCCUCCAAUGUGAUCCUCCUUGGAAGUCCCCAUCUAUGGUAAAGUAUUACUUGGAUCUUCUACAGUGUCCUGUCUGUAAGAAAGGCACAUGGUCCUUCAUAGAGACUCUUAUAAGGUCUUGCCUUUAUUGCAAAACCAUUUGUCAUGCAGUCCCAGUUUCAGGGAGAGGAGAUGAACAGAGGAUAGUUCACAAAAUGUUAUUGAAGUUCUUCUUUGAUUUAGUAAAAGCUGAAGUGGAGUUUCUGACAAAAAGUUUGGUUGAAGGUACCAGUUCACAGUGUCAGCAAAUCGUGCCACAGACGGUCCUGAAGACCUUAUGGCUGGGAAGUGAAACCUCAGUGCUUUUUACCAAACACAUAAAUAUUCUAGUGGAUUGGGUCAUACUUUCCUAUAGAGAAUUGAACAGAAAAAAUGACGCUUUCAGUCAUGAAAUAGCUGGUCUACUGAAUGCAAUUCUUGGAACUGUGGUGGAAUACUGGAUCAUCUCAAGUUUGCUUAUGGACAGAAAUGCAUUUCGUCAAAUAGCCGAUGAUCUAGCACACUACAUUGCCAUUUCGUGUGAUGACUUUAGUUUGUGUGAAUUAAAAAUAUUCAUUUGCUCUAUACCAUCCCUCUGGCUUCAAAUGUUUGUUGCAGAAGCAGUAUUUAAAAACAUGUGUUUACAGAGGAAUAUAACUAUUUCUACAGGACCUCUUUCUCUACAGAAAAUAGUCUGCUCCUAUUUUCCUGCUUUGCAAAACUUAGGGAUGUCUGAGACAAGAAAGAUACACAACGCAAAGAAAAACAGAACAAAAAUAGGGCCACAGCCAUGCCCCGAGUCUCAAAGGGCAUUACAGAUGCUAAAUGGCGAUAAGCAGAACCAAGUCAAAGUGCUGCCUGAUCUACCUGACCUAAUCGUUAAUAAGUGCCCCCCAUUGGCAAAAAGACGUAGAGUAAAAGCAGAAGUUGAGAUUUUGUACACCAAAGAGAAUUGCUGCCUUUUGGCCGAAGAGGUACAUCCUUACAGGAGAAAUAUUAAAGGAGAGACAGCCCUGCAUAAAGCUUGCAUAAGUAACAAAGUGGAGAGAUUGAUUCAGCUUCUCUCUUACCCUGGAACAGACAUUAAUGUUAAAGACUAUGCUGGCUGGACGCCUUUGCAUGAAGCCUGUAACCAUGGCAGCACAGUGUGUGUCCAUGAAAUUUUGCAGCGCUGUCCAGAGGUAGACCUGCUCAGUCAAGUGGACGGGGUGACUCCUUUGCAUGAUGCACUGUCAAAUGGACAUGUAGAAAUUGGCAAGCUGCUACUUCAGCACGGGGGACCAACCCUUCUACAGCAGAGGGACUGCAAAGGAAAAUUGCCACUGGAUUAUGUUGAAUCUGUACUGGUAAAGGAAGAACUUUUACAUAUUGUUCAUCCAGAAGAGAGCAUUGAAACCUUCUAUGAACACAUAGAACAGGAUUCUUGCAGUCAGCAGAGGGAACUGUGGAUGAUUUUAUUUAAUAAGAUGCUGCUGAAUUUUUGUUCCGUUUAUAAUCUGUCUUCACCCCUUACUUUAACUCUCAGAGAGGGAACUUGUUCAAAUGUACUUCCCAUAAUGGCUCAUGGUAACUGUGAGAUGAAAAAUGCAUUUUCUGCAGAUUGGUUAGUAGAUACCUAUUUUAGAGAGCUAGAAACUUUUCAAAAGCUACCACAGUUUCUUCAAGAAAUAUCUGCGAACGUGUUUUUUUCCUCUGGAGAACAGAUGAAGGCUUUAUUAGCAACUCUGGAAACUAUGGUAGGGGCAUAUCAGCUUUUUAGUUAAAACUUUUUUACAGCUUCCGAACGAGCUGCGUUACUUGAAUUUUGACUGUUAACCCUUGGUAUUGGCCUAACUUUUCUCUGACAACCAAUGAAAUACAAAUUAUUUCACAAUCCUGCACAACCCUUACGUGUUACUAUCUCCCAAGUAGUUAAUACUUUACCUGAACCUGCAAGUCAGAUGAAUUGAUUCAGUGCAUUUUGGGGGGAAAAUGUGUCCAAUAUGAAUGCCUUCUAGUUGUCUGACAGAUCUAGAUGCUUGUGACUGCCUCAGAAAGGUGCUACAUCAUUUGCACGUUGUAUUUCCUGUCCUCAAAAUUUUUAUUACCUACCUUAUGACGUAGUUCCCAGAGGUUCUCUAUGGUUUCCAGAGGUAGUGACCCUAAAUUUAGACAAAGUUGAAACAUUUGGCAGUAUUUCCAUGAUAAAGGCUUAUCCCUACAUAUUUUGAUUUCGUUUAAUAAAACUGAUAUUAUAAGUAUCUGUCAUUAAACAAAAAUACACAGAAAGCAGAUUCCUUCUAUCCAUUUAUGUCUUAUUUAUUCCCAUCUUAUGAAAAUUACAAUUAUGUUGUGUAAAUGAAUUGUGUCUUGUAAAAUUCAAAAUGGGGAUGUUCAAGGCCAGGUUGAAUGGAACUUCCAACCCCUAAUUUAGAGGGAGGGGAGUUGGAACUGGAUGGACUUUGAGGUCCCUCCCUAGCCAAACCGUCCCAUGAUUCUGUAUUGGUAUUUGCAGAAUCCAUGUGUUAGCAUUUCCCAUAUCUUUGUCAGUUUGAUAGAAAUGGGCCAGUGAUGCCACAAAGGGCCAGAUCCAGUCUCAGCAUAACUGUUGGUGUCCUUGGCUCCACUCUGACUUGUGUUGGCAUGCAGGGGUUUGAUAAAACCAUUACACUGGCAGUGUGUAAAAUGAUCUGGUAACGCUCCUGGGAUUCCCUCAACUAAAGAUGCCGGUGGAAGCAGUGGCAUAAAUCGAGUUAUGUUGGCAGGGGAAUUUACAAAGGAUUAGACGAGGCAGUUUAAGUCUGUACUGGGCAUCAGAUUCUGACACUAAGUAUGGAUCUCCUUAAAAAUUACACCCCAUUUAAUAUAGGAAUUUUGUUCUUCAUUCUAUGAAUACAUGCAAACUACACAUGAUAAAUCCCCUAAACUAAUCCUCUAACCUAAUUUAGGAUUGUGUGCUACAUAUUCUAUCAGAUGGUCCUUUAAUUAAUUAAGAAAAAGAGGAAAUCCUGUGCUGUUCUUUAAAGGUAUUGAGGCUCGUGAGGCAGAUAAAUUGUGCUGCGUGGGGUUGGGGGAUAAAGGUCUUGCAUAUUUUGGAGACCCCUUCUUCCGUGUUUAUGUGGAAACAGCUACUCUUUCUGCCUUGCAUCUUUGUAGAGAUCCAGUGCCAAACUGAUUUCAGAUGAGGGUCUGGGAAGAAAGACACCUCCAAGGGUAGUUUGUCCCUUCCCUUUCCAUGGGAAGAGAAGGAAGUGCUGCUUUAGAAUGAGGAUACCUGACUUUUUUUUUUCCCUUAGCAGGUUCAGUAGUAGGAGUAAUUUAAAGUCUUAGCCUUCAAAAGGAAGGUACUAAUUAGCACCAUUUCUAAUUCCAAUUCUUCAGUAAUAGCAAUUUAUAAUAUUAAAAAAAGAACCUUAAAAGAAAGGGUGUGGAUAAUAGCUGCUUCUGAAAUUGAUGUUGCUUGACUAGAGAGAAUAAGUUAUAUUGAUGCAGAUGGCUUGCAGCACAUUAAAACUUCCGUUUAGCCUUUCUGCAGCUGAGAUAUAUGAUCUCAUAGCAAUUAAUCCGCUGAAGAUGUUCAGACUGUGUUGGUCUUGGAACCAGGCCUUCAUUACAAAUGUUCAGUGUUUAUUAAUGACUGCUUAUUAUUUUUAUACAUGCAUGCAGAACAGCCUGCUCUAAGAGAAUAGAGGGUCAGUGUAUGUUGGGUUUGUUUCUGUUAGUGCACUUUUGAUUAUUCUGUAGUAAGAAAGCAACACCAAAAAUCCUUUGUCACAUACGAGAUGGACUAAUAAAUGUCUCUGUUCCCUGUUGCAGGAUGUGCUGAAAGAAAUAUUAUGUUCAAACUUUCUAAAGAAUGCAAAAUAUAAAUUUAAAUUGGCAAUAUUAACAUUUUCUUUAGUUAUGAGUUUGAUAGAUAACUGAGAAUUUGAAACAAUUGGGACUCAGAGAAUCACAGGAAAAGAAUUCUGGUUCUAAUAUAAUACAUCAGUGACUGAAAUGAAAGCAGGAAAAGCAUUGUUUUAGUCUUAUAAAGUGAUUCUGCUUAUAUAUCCAAGGUAUUAUUUUCUAUAAUGUCAUUUAGACAGAAAAAAAAGCACAUCACUCAUUUUUAAGUUAUACUUAGGUGUUUAAAGUAAUCUCAAAUACAUCUCUCCAAGACACUCUAAAGAAAAGUCAAUAACAUGCACUAAAUGAAUGUUAUUGAGUGCCAAGAGAAGCAUUCAAAAGUUAGCAAAUGUCGAAUUUAAUAUUCCACAUGUAGGCCCAACUUAAAUAUUGUCUGUGUGCAUCAUCAGUCUUUAAUUAUACGAUGACAUAGUUUUGUUCUCUCUAAUAUUCUCUCAGCUUAAGUAAGGAUCAUGUGUUGAACGUAUUCCUGUUAUUUCCCAGUUAUGCUCUUCACAGGGUUUAGUUUUAUACGUACUCAGUUUUAUAUAUACUGAAGUUUGCAAACUCCAUAUCCUUAAAAAAUCUUUAAGUAUAUCUCAGUCGUAUUUAACAUAAAAUUAUGUGCUUCAUCUAAUUUAUUAGAGAGUACUUGUUCUCUUUUGGAAUAGCAAAACUUUCCUGUGAAAUCAUGAUUGCAAUAAAGUGAGCUCUAUUAAGUGAUUAAACUGUCUGCUUUUUAAAACGCUCCUGGUAGGUAGGGUAUUUCCCACUUCUCAGCUUCAUUAAAAGAACAAACAAAUUCAGCCAGUCAGCCCUGCUCUCUCUAUGCCCACAUUUCACAUGCCGACACACUUCACAAGCGUGAAAGAACAUCUUCAUCCUCAAUCCAUCAUAUUUUUCCCAGGCUUUUAAGAAGUUUUUCAUUCCUACCACCUCCACAUACAGUUGGAGAAUGUCACUUUUCUACACGUGCCAGAUGUUGCCCAGACAGGAGAGAUGCAGUGUGAGGUAGAGCACUCCGGGAACAUGGAAUCAUAGAAUAGUUAGAGUUGAAAGGGACAUUAAAGGUCAUCUCGUUCCCCCCCCCCCAUGCCAUAGGUAGGGCCAUCCGACUAAAUCAGGCUGCCGAAGGCCCCAUCCAACCUGGCCUUGAACACCUCCAGGGAUAGGCAUCCACAACUUCCCUUGGCAACCUGUUCCAGUGACUCACCACUCUCAUGGUGAAGAAAUUCUUCCUAAUGUCUAGUCUAAAUCUGCCCAUCUCCAGUUUGUACCCAUUCCCCCUUGUUCUAUCCCCACAAGCCUUUAUGAAUAGCUCUCCAACCUUCCUGCAGGCCCCCUUCAGGUACUGGAAGGUCACUAUAAGAUCUCCUCUGAGCCUUCUCUUCUCCAGGCUGAACAAGCCCAACUUUCUCAGCCUGUCCUCAUAGGGAAGGUGCUCCAGCCUUCAUCUUUGUAGCCCUCCUCUGGACCCGUUCCAACAGUUCCUUAUCCUUCUUAUGCUGAAGAUUCCAGAACUGGACACAAUACUCCAUAUGAAGUCUCACAAGAGAAGAAUAGAGGGCAGAAUCACUUCCCUUGACCUGCUGGCCACGCUUCUUUUGAUGCAGCUUAGAACACAGUUGGCCUUCUGGGCUGCGAGUGCACAUUGCCAGCUCAUGUCAAGCUUCUCAUUGACCAGCACCCCCAAGUCCUCUGCAGGGCAGCUCUCAAUCACGUCAUCCCCCAUCGUGUACUGAAAUCAAGGAUCGAGAGAAGCCCUGAGAAAAAGGGCUUGAGGUGCUGGGGAUGAGAAGCUCAAGAUGUGCCACAACAUGUGCUCACAGCCUAGAAAUCAACUGUGUCGUGGGCUGCAUCCAAAGCAGUGUGGCCAGCAAGGCAAGAAAUUGUAUUCUCCACAUCUGCUUGGCUCUGGUGAAACCUCACCUGGAGCCCUACAUUCAGUUGUGGAGUUGUCAGCACAAGAAGGACAUGGAUCUUUUAGAGUAAGUCCAGAGGAGGCCACAAAGAUGAUCCAAGGGCUGGAGCACAUGUGCUAUGAGGCCAGGCUGAGAGGGCUGGGAUUGUUCAGCCUGGAGAAGAGGAGGCUCCAAGGACACCUCAGAGCUACUUCUACUACUAAAAGGGUCUCCAGCAAAGCUGGGGAAGGGCAAUCAGGGAUUGCAGGGACAGGACAAUGGGGAACAGUUUUCAGCUGAAAGAGGGGAGAUUGAGAUAAGAUCGUGGGGAGAAAUGUUUUCCCAUGCAAGUGGCAAGGCGUUGGCCCAAGUUGCCCAGAGAAGUGGUGGCUGCCCCAUCCCUGGAGGUGUUCAAGGCCUGGCUGGAUGGGGCUUGGAGCCCCUGAUCCAGUGGGAGAUGUACCUGCCUGAGGCAGGGUGUUGGAACUGGAUGGGCUUUGAGGUCCCUUCCAACACAAACCAUUUCGUGAUUCUUAGAUUUUUUUUUAACAGGGGUCCAGUUUAUUGACCACGUGAAGGCCAAUCUAUACAAGUGGUCAUUUUAUCACCUCCUGUACCACGUGCCAAAAUCAGUAUGAAGGACUGUGCCUUUGCUGGUGAAAUAUACCAGCCUGAGUGCCAACCCCAUGACAAACAUUUCGUGCUCAGUGGUUAUUCCCAGAUGCACGCUCUUUAAAAUCUGUCAGAUAAAUCCUUUUUUAAUUUGUUAAGUGUAUGUUAAAUCAUUACAAUCAUCAAACUGUAAUAUAUAAAGAGCCUUACAAGUUCAUAAAUUUAUCAUCAUAUUUACCAGGAUACGAAAUGAUGCUUCUUCAGGAAAAGAACUCUACAAAUAACACCUCGCAAAGUACUCGUCUCUGCUCCCAAAUUCAGAUAAAGACAGUGAAAAUGCACCUAAUUUAUCAACCAAACUUGUAAUCUCUCUGGAAAAAACUCACAGAUUCUAGUUUGUCUAAGAAGUUGUUGUAAGUCAGGAUAUAAAUAGAUACUAUUAUCGUAGCAUAUUUUAGACAGUUAGUAAAUGCAAAAUACCUUUUUUUUUAAAAAAAGGAUGAGCUGAGGACUAUUUAGCGGACUUCAGGUGGGUAAUCUGGUACAGAAGAGAGGAAACAGAAUUGCUGCACAUCUUCACUAACACUAUCUACACAAGAACCUGUGAACCAGGAGUCUGGAGACCAAAACUGAAUUACUCAAAAAUAAUAAGAAAUACUGAAAAAUAAUGCUUCCAUCUGCUUAAAGCUGGUGGUAAUACAGAUUUCCUUUAAAAUAAAUGAAUUUUUGUUGGCUUUUAACAACAUUGAGAGUCAAUGUUCCCACACAAAUUGAAAGAAGUUGCUGGCUGAAGAUGGGAGGAAAGAAAGGGAGAAGAACGGCGUAAAAAUACUCUAAAGUCCGGUUAAGAAAUUAAGAAUCAUCUUUAGAGUCCUUUUUAUUGCAAGGUUCAUUAAUCUUUUAGCAGAGCUGUCUUACUGAUGUUGGAAAAUUGUCAUUAGUCUUGAAUAUAGGAGAAAUGAAAAUAAAACGGUGGAAGAGUGAGUAGUCAGCUUGUACGAACUGUUACGAGGGCUGACACAGGGAGGUUUACCUGUUGGGGCUUGUCAUUUGCACACAGCUGAAGUCUAAACAAUCUAAUCAUUGCCAUGCCUAAAUGAGCUCUUAUACAUUUGCUAAAUGUCAUAGUUUUUCAGGUGAAUCAUGUAAAGAAGGUCUCGUUCUUGUUUAGCUCUUAGUGCACCUACAUCAUUUUGCUCUUGUGUUUGAGAGUAGUGAAUGUUUGGCUAAGGUAUGCAACUAGACACAUAACUAUAUUCACCGUCAUCUGUAACCAGUGGUGCUCUUGAAGAUUCAGGGAAGGCAAAGCUAAGUAAGAAAAAAUAAACUAUUUUGGACACAUAUGUAUUAAAAUAAUAAUGAAACUCAGCCUCUUGGUUUAUUACUUACUUUACCACUUCAGUCUUAAUAUUCAACAUUUUCUACUUCUCCCUAAUUCUCCUGGAAACUCUGCUGAGGUGCAUGGGAAAUGAGAUGACUGACAACAGCCGACACAGCUUCACUAAGGGCAAAUCAUGCCUGAGAGAUUUGGUGACCUUCUAUGAUGGGCCUACACCAUUGGUAGUCCCAUCUGCCUCUUCCCCUCAUCCAAAUACCUUUAUAUCUACUGCAUCAUCCUUUUUGGAAAAAUGCGGCAUGGAUUUGGGUCCACCCGACUAAACAAAAAGUAAAACUGAGGUCUCUCUUCUGCCUUGGACAAGUGCUUUGACCACUAAACUGAAAGUAUGGUGCUGCAGCAGGGUCACCUUCCUGUUACCUGAGCUGCAGUUGUCAUCAUUACACCUCUGAAUGUCUUUACUUGCCCUCCAGAAGCCUUGCUGAAACUGACCUGCUGCAGGUAAACAACGACUUUCACAGUGUUUAGGGCCUUAGCAAACUUCCCCCACAGCUACUGCCUCCUGCCUCUGUUAGCUGAGUCAGAUGUUUUUCUGAUAUAGGAAGAUGUUCCAGAAAUCUUUUACAAUUUAUGAAAAACCAAAGGCUUUUUGUCAGUCCAUAAUUAAGCACAGAGAGAAGAGGCACUCUGUAAGAUUGCUAAAUCCAAGUUAUUGAGUUUUAUGUUAAGUAUCCACUGGGAAACAGUCUGCCCAAGCUAGGUGUGCCAAGAGCAGCCACAAAAACGUAAAAUGGUUUGAGUGGAAAGGGAUCUUAAAGCCUAUCCAGUUCCACCCCCUGCCAUGGGCAGGGACACCUAUUAGUGGAUCAGGUUGCUCCAAGCCCCAUCCAGCUUGGCCUUGAACACCUUCAGGGAUGGGACAGCCACCACUUCUCUGGGCAGCCUGGACUAGGGUCUCACCCACCUCGCAGGAAAACAUUUACCCCUAAGAUCUCAUCUCAAUCUCCUCACUCUCAGUUUCAAACUGUUCCCUCUCAUCCUGUCCCUGCACUCCCUCGUCAAGAGUCCCUCCCCAGCCAUCCUGCAGCCCCGUUCAGUACUGGAAGCUGGUCUAAGGCCUCCCCACAGCCUUCUUUUCACCAGGCUGAACAACCUCAAAUCUCUCAGCCUGUCCUCUUAUGGGAGAUGCUCCAACCCUCAAAUCAUCUCUGGAAUCACACUCCAACAGAUCCAUGUCCUUCCUGUGCAGAUGACUUCAGGUCUGGACUGAGGGGUCCAGGUAGUGUCUCAGGAGAGCAGAGUAGAGGGGCAGAAUCUCCUCCCUCUCCCUGUUGGCCACAAUUCUUUGGGCAUAACCCAGGAUAAUGUUUGGCUUUCUUGACUAUGCAUACUCAUUGCUGGCUCAUGUUGAGCUUUUCAUCCACCAGUGACCCCAAGUCUUUCUCUUCAUGGCUGCUCUCAAUCCAUUCUCUGGUUUCCCAAACUGUAUAUUGGCACAGCAAUCUGCUGUGGCUAGCCUUUCUUCUAAGUCAGUGAGACAUUUAAUUGUAGAAAUAUAGUAUAGACAAACUUCUGCCUGUUAAAUAAAUGCUAGUUUUUCAAUAAAAGAAAAAAUUCUGCAAAAUUUGAAAUUAUAUUUGUAAGUUAUCAAAUUUACAGGUAAAUGCUUUAUUUAACAAUCUAAUCCCUUCCCCAUUUCUCCUCCCCCUUACCCAAUACGUGUGUUUCCUCAGCCUAAGGAAUAUAAAUGUACCUGAGGGAUGGAAUUGCUUUUGUCUCCAGACCUACUCAUUCUGAUCAAGCCCUUAACUCAUGUCCAUGAGCAACAGUUCCUCCUGAUACUAUUAGAUGCCUGGACUGGACAGGAACAUACUCUCCUGGGUUGAAAAACGGUAGGAUGUCCAGGCCCAGAGAGUGGUGGUAAAUGGAGUUAACUCCAGCUGGAGGCCGGUUACAAGUGGGGUUCCUCAGGGCUCAGUACAGGGUCCAGCCCUGUUCAAUGUCUUUUAUCAAUGACCUGGAUGAAGGCAUUGAGUGCACCCUCAGCAAGUUUGCAGAUGACACUAAGCUGGGUGGAAGCGUGGAUCUGCUGGAGGGUAGGGAGGCUCUGCAAAGGGAUCCAAAUAGGCGGGACCGCUGGGCUGAGACCAAUGGCAUGAGGUUUAACAAGGCCAAAUGCCGGGUCCUGCACUUGGGGCACCACAACACUGUGCAGUGCUACAGACUAGGAGAAGUCUGUCUAGAAAGCUGCCUGGAGGAGAAGGACCUCGGGUUGUUGGUUGACAGUGACUGAACAUGAGCCAGCAGUGUGCCCAGGUGGCCAAGAAGGCCCGUGGCAUCUUGGCUUGUAUCAGAAAUGGGGUCACCAGCAGGUCCAGGGAGGUUAUUCUCCCUCUGUACUCAGCACUGGUGAGACCGCACCUCGAAUACUGUGUUCAGUUCUGGGCCCCUCACCACAAGAAGGAUGUU